UGGAAGAGAAAUAACAUUUUCUCUGCUAAUAUCUUUCUAUGUUGCUUCCAAUGUAGAGUUUGACUUGCCAUCAGCUUAACACUGCAUUCACUUCUGUGUUUUCUCAUCCUGUUUAACAUUCAAAUGGUGCAUUUCAGAUUCCAUUUUUCAUGCCAAUAAUGAACUGUUAGGAGUAUAUCAUAAAUGUACUUUGAUAAAAGGCCUUCUUCACAUCAUGCAUUUCCUUGUUGGUUCUUAAUGUUUCAUUGAUAUUAUUAGUUCUGCUUGAAAGUGCAUAAGUUUUGUUUUUCCCAGAACAUUUUGGCACUGGAAGAUCAUUAUUCAAGUUCUUUUACUACAGGGAUAGAAGGAAUCAUUUCAGAUAAAAGCCUUUUACUUGAUUCUCAAUGGUAGAAUUUCAAUCUUGUUCUACAUUGGUCAGUACUGACUCAGCAUUGUGUACCAUAGAACAAGAGGUGAAGGGAGAUACUGCAAGUGUUGCUGAGAUUUCAGCUGAGCUAAAAAGGGAAAGGCAGAAGAAUGCGGAGCUCAUGGAGAGAAUAUCAAUGCUGGAAGCUCAGAUAAGCCAAAGAAACACAGAAACUCAAGAAAAUCAUCAGUAUGAAGCUGCAAGAAGCUUGAAGAAUUUCAAAAGACAGAAGAUAGAAAGGGUUGAUGAUGAAAUAGAGAAUAUGAACAUUGUCAAAAGCCAAAUGGUCUCCCAGUACAUGUCUGAUACUGAAGGCAUUGCUCCUAAGGAGAUUAAUCCAGCAAACCUUUCAAUUAGUUGGAUGAGCAUGGAUGAUAGUCAAGAUUUACAUCGUGAAAAAAUUAAGAAUCGCAAGGCUGUUGCAAAUUUCAAUCAAACAGACAAUGAUGAUGCAUGCGAUGAUAAUUAUGAUGAUGAAAUGUAUCAUGGGGAUAAUAGACAAAGACAUGAGGAAAUUGAUGACAUAACUGAAAUUGUUCGUGAAGAAAAAGGUUACUUUGCUGAUCAUAUUGAUGAGGAGUCAAAUAUAAUAAGUUUUUCUGGUCAUAUGAGUGAUCCAACAGGUAAUGUGAAACAAGAGGAUCAUGAACAAAAGACAAGUUGCAUGUUACUUUCUGCACUAUCUGAGAAGAAUGAAGUCAAAUCAGACCAAGGGACAGAAAUUAAAGAGAUUGCAGAAUUGGAGGUACCUUCUUCAGGAUCUGUUCAUAUAUCACAGAAUAGAAAGUCUCUGAAAGUGGCUUUUUGUCCAAAAGAAGUUAAAAGGUUAAUUGAGUCUGAGGCUCUUGAACAAAAAAAUGCUCAGUGCCACACUAUGAAGAAAAUCAUAGUUUUUGCAACACUUGGCACAAGACAUGGGUGUGAAGAUAUGUAUGAGUUGGACUUCAACCAUUUUAGCAUUUUGAAGAAAGGAGAACCAUAUGUAUCUCCAAGAAACCCUGGGGAGCAUGUUUUAUAUGAGAAUCCUGGAGUUCAGAGGAAAAUAUUUUAUCCAAAUCGACAAAACCCUGUGUUAUGUCCAGUCCAGAUACUUGAAGAAGAAAGAUCCAUGCGUCCAUCUGAUCCAAGUUGUCCAUCAUGCCUAUUCUUAUGCAUUAAAUAUGGUGGAAGGACCAGAAACCUUCCUCAAAAUGAAUAUGUGAGGCAGAGGAUGGGAAGAAACAAACUUAAGUCUUUUGGACCACUUAUGUGCAGAAUGGCAAUGUUGGUUCAUAUUCGCAGUGGAAGCUUUUUCUUCAAGGCCUUGGGCAUCACACUUCUUUUUAUGGCAGGAUUUCCUGAUGAUCUAGUUCAGAGAGAAACAAAAUACCAGAACUUAGACUUGCUUCAGAAAUAUUACAGAACUGAUGAGGAUGCUGAGGGGGAUGAAUUGUUUCUUCCAUAUCCAAUUACAUUUAACCAUGAUACUCAUGAACCUCAGAGUUUAACUAAAAGGACACUUCCUACAAAAUCCAGGGGGAGAAAGCAUGAUAAGGCCAUCAUCAAGUCUCAUCAUAAUUCACAAAAGACCCCAUCUCAACCCUCACCACCAAUAAGUUCAGCAUCUACACAAUUUGGUUUAACUGGUUAUUCCUCUGCUCACACAUAUGUAAUGGCAGCAUUUCACUCAGUGCCAUCUCAAUCUUCCCAAAACAUUCAUAUGCCAAACCCUAGUUCAUAUCCUAUGUUGCCGCCACAGCCAUCAAGUGCUUUUGUACCAGUGAUGUAUUGGCCUCCACCAAAUGCAUUUCUUCAUGGGCCCUAUCCUUCCACAUAUGCAUGCCAGUCUUUUCCUUCAACUGCAAAUUACACAUCAAUCCAAACACAGCCUUAUUACAAUAAUCACCCUAGUAGUAGCUCCUUUCCAAAGUUGUUGUUAGAAGGAAAUGCAAAGAAUGAUCCAGCCUCAGAGGAGAGUGAGAAUGACUCUAAUAGCAGUUCAAGUGCUACCUAGCAUAAGCUGAGUCCUGAGUUCCACAAAUAAUGAACUCAUUGCUACAUUGACAUGCAUGCCAUAAAUGAUAUAUGUGAAGUGUAAUCAUUCUUAGAUGGUUUAAGACUUGAAGUGCCAUGAUGCAUAGA